GUUCAGUUCCUCAAUCGUUGCUCCCUGCUACGACUUUAGGGUUUGUGCAAUGGCGGAAAAUUCAGCAAACCCACUUAUUCUACUUCAUGGCGACCUAGAAUUGGAAAUCAGUGAAGCUAGAGCCCUACCCGACUUGUCUAGGUUAAAUCGCCUUCUCAAUUCUUUGAGAGUUGGGUCGCACGGUGACCAGGAAAGACAGCAACAUGUGAGGAGACGCCCCAUUAAUGCAUAUGUUACGGUCUCAGUACCCGAAGCUACAGUGGCUCGCACGCGUGUCAUAGAAAAUGCCAUAAACCCACAAUGGGGCGAGAAGUUCUUUGUCUUCCUCUGUCAUCCCGUAGAAAACCUCGAAUUCAAACUUAAAGUCGUUAAGAAAACGAAUGGGGCGAAGGUCAAGGGUAAGGUUAAGAUCUCGGCUCAGAGAAUCGCCACCGGCGAGCUAAUCAGCGAAUAUUUUCCCCUGAUCCGUCAAAAUGGGAAGCAGUACAGGGAUUGCACUCUUAAGAUUGAGAUAAAAUUCACGCCAUUCGAUAAAAAUCCUCUGUAUGGUCAAAGCAUCCCCAGCGAUCCAGAACAUGCCGGGGUAAGGCACACAUAUUUCCCACUGAGGAAAGGAUGUGAGUUAAGGCUCUACCAGGAUGCCCAUGUGCCUAACGGAAUCUUGCCUGAAAUUGAACAGGAAGACCGACGAGUUUUUCUGCAGCACAAUUGUUUUGAAGAUAUUUGUUUUGCUAUAGCAGAAGCGCAACGUCUGAUAUACAUUGCGGGUUGGUCAGUGUUUUGUAAGAUUAGGCUUGUCAGGGAGCCGAGCAGGCCAUUGCCUGGAGGUGCGAAUUUGACGCUUGGUCAGUUGCUCAAGUACAAAUCAGAAGAAGGGGUUCGAGUGUUGUUGUUGAUCUGGGAAGAUCAACCUUCGUGUGAUAAAUUCGGAAUCACGUCUGGAGUGAUGCAGACGCAUGAUGAAGAAACAAAAAGGUUUUUUGAGGGUUCUUAUGUUACUUGUGUUCUCACUCCUCGUUGUGCAAGCAAGAAGCUUAGUCUUAUGAAACAACUGGUCCUUAGAACCAUGUUCUCGAAUCAUCAAAAAUGUAUUCUUGUUGACACACAAGCAGUUGGCAAUUAUCGAAAGAUAACUGCAUUCCUAGGUGGUUUUGAUCUCUCUGAUGGUCGUUAUGAUACACCUGAGCAUCGGUUAUUUCGUGAUCUUGACACUGUUUUUAAGGAUGAUUUUCGUAAUCGUACACUUCCUGAUCUUGCGUCAAUAUUAGUAAAGCAUCUUGUAUAGAAUAUAUUCUUGUAUAUUAAGGGAUGAAGGAGAAGAACUGCUGUUGAUUCUGGUUUGCUGCUUAACUCAUGUUCUAUUGUCAUGGUUUGUUUUAUGGUAAUUGAAAAGCCAUGACUUAUUCUGCAAUUUCUAAUUCGGUAACUGGUGCGGAACAGGAUAGGGUGUCUUGUGGGCUUGUGGAUUUACGGAUUUUGAUGGUAAUUUUAGGUUAUAAACAGUAUGCAUGAAC